AUGAGUAACCCCGAACUACCAAAUAGGUUUGGAGAAGAGAUGGGGACGCAUGGCAUUAGUCCGCUAAGUACCCCUGGUUACAUAGACAGGCUGUACGAUCUGGCUGCUCAGGCGAAUCGCCCCGUGAUACUCAAUAUUGCCUUAGGCACCCAUGAAUAUGAUCGCGGCUUUGAAAUCCAGCUGCUGGGGUGCUUCCCCAACUUUCCCAUCCACCUUUUGGCGGAUAUUUACGAAUCAAGCACAUGGGGACGAGGUACGGUUAUUCUCCCAAACACCACCGACGAGAGAUCCGUGGCAUUUCUUGCGAAUUAUCCACAAGUUCAAGCAGCAAGCCACAGUCAGGGCGGACCCAAGGACGACAUCACUCCCGCACAGGUUAAGUUCCUUCCCAUUCUCGGCUGGUGUUCAUCUGUAGAACGACCAAUAACUGGAAGUCAACAAGAUACUCAAAGGAUUGCUAUUGUCGUGACGAUCAGCUUUCACGAAUGCGUACCAGAGAAGAUGGGCGAGUUCUGGUCUAUCGGGCGACGACAAGAUCGUCUCGCCAAGUUUGAGCAAUGGGCGUUCCUUGAUCUUGCUGCUACCUUCUCAGGGUGGCCAACCAUAUGGACCAAUGCGCGGCGUGAACUCGCCCAGCGACAUGCUUCUAUGUAUUCCAGCGCCAAUGCCGUCGCUGACCUUGGCACGACACGCAUCAUCCAUCAAGACAUGGCCAAUGUCAUCGCCCUCCGGGAAGACCUACGUUUGUUCAUCGCAGCCUAUGCAAAGUACAGCCAAAUCCUGCGAAGAAUGUUCCCGAAUAGCAAGAUGGCCCGCAUUAACAAGAUGCGAAGCCUCACGGGGAGAAGGCGGAAAGAAGGACAGCCCAUGGACAAUGUCGAGUUGAAGGAGAGUACUGAGCUGCUCGAGCUGCUUGCCGAGCUGGAGAUUCGACUGCAAGACUCCCAGCAGAAUCUAGAACAUCAGCUCGAGACUUCUGAGGUCAUCCUCCGUCAACUGGAAAACCUCCUCAGUCUGGCUUUCAACACUCAAGCGAUAGCUCAAGGCCAAGCAACAGCGAUGCUAAAUGUCCUAGCCACUAUCUUCCUUCCUCUAUCUUUCGUGGCAAGCGUCUUCGGUAUGACAAAGUUUCAGAUUUCCGCAGUGUGGUACCCGCCAGCGGCCGCUAUCGUCCUUUUCCUUGUUGGUGGAGCAAUAUUGCUCCUCAGAUGGCUGGGUGUGGAUAUGAACAUGAUUCGACUCCCCAUGAAGCCGGUGUCGGCAUUCAUAUCGAAGCAACAAAAGCCGACGUUUCGACUUCUAAAUACCGGGCCUGAAGCAGCUAAUCCUGGUAUAUGUGCUGAAACGAAAGAGCAGCGUGGCCUAGAUCCCAAGGGGACACAACGCCAGGAAUUAGUCAAGUCGGCCCGCAGUAGCUUAGACGACACAUCUUCGCUGUCUCCGGGGGCUCGAAAGCAGCCAGCUACUCUUAGGAAACUAGAAAAUUCUCAAGCAGGCGAGAAUAGAGAGGAAAACUACAUUUAUGAUGAUGGGGAGCCUGGUAAACCAGAUGGAAAUGCCCAUUAUACACUAUUGCUACAACCGGAACCCCAUAGCGGAACGCAAAUUAAGGCUCAUAUGGAAGAUUCUCGGGACUCUGCUACUAGUAAACCAGAUAUGAUGGACGACUCAACCUCUACGACGCUUUCGCACCAUCCGGUCUCCAAGCCUCGCUUGACAAAGAGUGAAACCGAGUUCCUUGAAGCAGAGUUCCAGAAAACCCCGAAGCCAAAUCAUCAAAGAAAGAGUGAAAUCGCGGAUCUUCUGCAGGUGGAUAAGCCGAGGAUAAACAACUGGUUCCAGAACAGAAGAGUCAAGGAGAAACAAAUUCAGAGGACAAGGAUGUUGGAGGCACAGCCGGUUGUAGAAUGGCGUAACGAAAGGAUUCUACACGGUGGCCAAAUGCUCCACAGCUCCGAACCUUCUGAUUCUCCCCCUGUUGGGAGUAUUUCCGCUGGGGAGACUGGGAAGGUUGUGCAGCAUUUAGGCGCAACUCCACAAGAUUACAGGGUUACUGGAGGCGGAGUUCCACAUUUCACAGCAAAUACCGAACUGCAGCUUCAACAGUUGCAAGGUCUGCAAGUUCAGAUGCCCACAAUCAGUCCACCAAGGAACGGCAUUCUUAUGCCAGCGAGAGAUCCGAAGCAUGUUCUGAGGGACAUCCAGAUGCAGGUGAUGCUUCUCGAGCAACAAAACGAAAAGCGCCCUAAACCCCAAACGGGACAGAGAGUUGAUGAUCCACCAUCUUGUCUGCCAGCGAGAGAUUCGAAGCAUGUUCUGAGAGACUACCAGAUGCAACUGAUGCUUCUUGAGCAACGAAAUAAAAAGCGCUUGAUGAUGGCUCGCUCAGAGCAGGACGCAGCCGGUGGAGAAGGUUCAAGGGAUGCCGCGGGCAAAAGCAACUUCUCAAGUGUCGAGGGCCGCCCGAAACCCCAAGCAGAGCACAGAGUCAAUGGGUCACUAUCUUGUCAGCAAGAUAAUCAAUUAGCUGGUGCUGGCAUAGUACCAGCAGUAGUUAGGGAUGUGUAA